AGCAAUAAUGCUCAAAUGUUGACAGCUGUCAGAAACUCGGUGCAAAACCCUCUACAGAAAAAAAGUACGAAGAAAUUCCAUUCGAGAAAAAAAAAUGAUUCUCAAUACCUUGACUUCGUUUUUGUUAAAACCACAACCAAUUGCUGCAAUUCCAUCAGGAAUCCAAUUGCAACAAAUCCGAACAAAAUGGGCCGAUGCACGUAUGAAACGGGACUAUUUGCGACGCAAGUUGGUGGAGAAAGAGAAUAUAACGCGACUUCGUAUCAAUGCAUUGAGAAAAAAUACAAUUUUACCGCGUGAAUUACAACAGGUAGCCGAUGAAGAGAUCGCCGCACUUCCAUACAGAUCGUCAAUAACACAUCUGACCAAUCGGUGUGUGAUCACAUCUCGUGCCCGAGGAACUGUUCUCCGUUGGAAUCUAAGUCGAUUUGUUUUCCGUGAAUUGAGCGAUUACAAUAAAAUGUCGGGCGUUCAAAGAGCAAUUUGGUAGACAUUUCUCACCAAACAAUAUCUGAUAUGUAGCAUAUUUUAAAUGUUAUAAAAUAAAUAUACAAAAAAGAAACACAC